CAAAGCAGAUCAGGUUACUCUGAGUGACAGCGUAACCAUGGCAAAUAAUUUGACUAAAACUAUUGUAUUAUCCUCGCCAUUCCCGGGUCAGAUAACCGACCAAUCAGAGUUCAUAUAAUCUAUUUUCUUGCCAGUUCAGAAUAAUAUUAUUAAAACAAGCCAGCAAGCCUGUCUAGAGGACUAGGGCUGGAACGGACGACCGGCGGAGGGAGAAACUACCGCUGUCUCUCUCUCACGACACUUUAGGAGGGACGUCACCUGGGGUUUUAUUCGGUUAAAUGGACUCGCUUCAUUCCACGUUAUGCGCUUGGAUCUUACAUUUCUCAUCAAUUCUGCAAUUUCCUCUUUGAGGAACCUUUUAAUCGAUGGACUUGCGUCGAGAGGGUUGCUUUUCGCGUCAGGACUAGUCUUGUGUUUGCGGGCAAGGAGUGCGGGGAAGUAAGCGCUAACAACAUCACACCAUUGGUUUCGGUCUACUCUGCAUCAUGUCCAUGCUCCCGACGUUUGGUUUCACGCAGGAACAAGUGGCGUGCGUUUGCGAGGUCCUGCAGCAAGGCGGGAACAUUGAGAGGCUGGGUCGGUUUCUCUGGUCGCUCCCCGCCUGCGAACACCUCCACAAGAACGAGAGCGUGCUCAAGGCGAAGGCCGUGGUCGCCUUCCACAGGGGGAACUUCCGUGAGCUCUACAAGAUCCUGGAGAGCCACCAAUUUUCUCCGCACAACCACCCCAAGCUGCAGCAGCUGUGGCUCAAGGCGCACUACAUCGAAGCGGAGAAGCUGCGGGGCCGGCCCCUCGGCGCCGUGGGGAAGUACCGCGUCCGCAGAAAGUUCCCCCUGCCGCGCUCCAUCUGGGACGGCGAGGAGACCAGCUACUGCUUCAAGGAGAAGAGCCGCAGCGUGCUGCGAGAGUGGUACACGCACAACCCCUACCCGUCUCCACGGGAGAAGCGGGAGCUGGCCGAGGCCACGGGACUCACGACCACUCAGGUCAGCAACUGGUUUAAGAACCGGAGGCAGAGGGACCGCGCGGCAGAGGCCAAAGAGAGAGAAAACAAUGAGAACUCGAACUCCAACAGUCACAACCCAUUGACUUCUUCCAUGAAUGGAAAUAAAACUAUUUUGGGGAGUUCUGACGACGAUAAAACCCCGUCCGGUACACCGGAUCAUACAUCCUCAAGCCCCGCCAUGCUGCUCAGCUCCGGGUUACCGUCUCUGCACGGCCUGGCCCCCCCGCCGGGUCCCAGCGCCAUCCCGGUGCCCGGCCCGGACUCAAACCACCAUCACCACCAUCACCACCACCACCACUCUUUGCACCACGAUACCAUACUAAACUCUAUGUCUUCAAAUCUGGUGGACCUUGGCUCUUAAAGAAUAAACACGCCCCGAAUGCGCGGAGAUCUUCCAAUGGAGAAGAAAACAAAAGAAGAACCAAGGAGCUUCAAGCACUUCAAGACCGAGAAGGUUUAAGAGAGAGAGAAGGACACACAUAUUAAGAAGGAUACACACAUUGAGGCCUUUUGGAGGAACGCAACCGGAAUGUAAAAACGUAACGCGUCAAGUUGUUGAAAACAAUGACAAUACAAUGUCUUAAUUAUUGCUACUAUUAUCGUUAUGGUUUUAGGGGUUAAUCAACUGAAGCUCAAAGACCCCGAGUUACGGUAGCCCACCCUCAUCUUUCUGUUUACAUUGGAUUGUCCGAAAGAGCCAUAAGCAAUUGAUAUUAUUGAGUUAAUUUUGUUUUAUUUUGUUCGGGGUACCGUAUCUUAAAGUGUCUUAUGUCACACAUCUCUGUGAUGGAAAUUAGUCUAUCUUAAUCUCUUGAUAUUAUUAUUUGUGUUUUCAUUUGAAAGAGACUGCAUGUAGCCUAAACUUUGAGAUAAAAAUUAAAUAUAAACCCAGCAAGUCACCUAUAGUUUCAU